GUGUAGGAUGGACCGAUGGCACGGCAGGGUGGCCGUGGUGACCGGAGCGAGCUCCAACACCGGCGCUGCGAUCAUCAGGGCACUGGUCACUGGCGGGAUGACCGUGGUGGCCGUGGCUCGCAGAGACACCCGUAUACAGGUCCGUAUGCAGGAGCUAGUUGACGAGCUGAAGGAUAGCAGUGGCAAGUUGUACCCAGUGAAGGCUGACGUCACGAAGGAGGAGGAUGUGACGGCCGCCUUCCGUUGGAUCGAGCGCAACGUCGGUGGAGUGGACGUGCUGGUGAACAAUGCUGAUAUAUCGAUCAGCACUCAUGUCGCUGAUGGGCGUAUGUCAGAGUGGAGACGUAUGUUUGACCUGAACGUCAUCGCCCUAGGCUCAUGCUGCAGGGAGGCCAUCGCGUCCAUGCGUGCCCGCAGGAUACCAGACGGCCAGAUCAUCAAUGUCAACAAUCUGUCAAUUCAUCGGGUGUCCCCGUUCCCACUGGGCAGCUUCGUGUACUGCGCCUCCAAGAGAGCCGCAAGGGUAUUGACCGAGGGUCUACGUAGGGAAUUGGCUGCCACCAGGUCCAAGAUCAAAGUCACGUGUGUAAGCACCAGUGUGUCGGACCCCCAGCUCGUCGAGGUGGUCGGCUGGAACGAAGAUGUUUACCUCAACAAAGUGUUCUUCCACUCCAAGGACAUAGCUGACACUGUCAUCUUCGUGCUGUCCGCCCCACCCAACGUCCAGAAAGAAAAUAAAGCUCAAGCCACUACAACGAUCGUGGGACCAAAGCGACCAGUGUAACUCCCAAGUGAACACAAGUCAAUGAAGUAUUGCUGUAAUGGACCAAUGGGAGAAACGCCUUGAAUCUCACUGUUUUAUAAAAGGUGUAAAAUUGUCAAUCAUAUUUAAACUAAUUGUUAUUAUUAUUGGAGAAAAGUAUGCCACGUAUCAUACCAAUAAUGUGGUAUAUUGUAGAAUAAACUGUAGCGUUUGCCAUGAAAAAAACACUUAUAAAAAAAAUUUGUUACUCAAUGUACACAUGCAAAUGAUUACUGAAAGUAGGCCUUGCUUUGGGUAAUAAUAAUAGUAAUUGCAAUUAAUACGAGCCUUUAAUUGAAAUCAUUGAAAGUUUGAUUUAAAUUUAAAAAGUGAAAUUUACCUGUGCUAGCAUUUAUUCAAUCUAGUUUUUAUCUAGCACUUUUAUUGCUUAAAUGAUUUUCAGUCAAAUGAUCUCCACAAAAAAGAUUAUAUCUAGCGGAAUGCUGCAAAUAUGAGUUGUAUACGAAAGUUUUCCGAAGUUCCUAUAUACCAAUGGAUCUGUGAUAAUGAAAGUCAGUGUGGUGUUUAUCCAAAUCCAGUAAUUAUUCAGUUUAAAACAAAACAGGACAUACAAUAAGUUUAUAUUAUUUUAAUAAGAGUAAAAGUAGAAUUACAAUAUGUACAUCAUAUUCUAUUUUUCUGUUCUACAUGUCGUAUCAAAGUACAGUGCUUUAAAUUGUUUUUCUUUACGUAAUAAUAGAAAUAAUAUGAACGUCAAUUGAACAUAAUGUACAUUAUCGGUUGGGUAAGGAAAGGACCAUGAUUUUUAUGUAGCUUGGUUAGUCAAACCAUAGACAAAACAAUAAAUAUAGACCGACAGCAGUGCUGCGGUUAGCUUAAGUUCUGGCGACCACCGCUAGGAGUGCCGUGUAGUUACGGCGCACACCGCUGCAGCUUCUGCUGGUAAAAAAUUCUAACUGUUUAUAUAAUAUUCCUCACUGCCAUCAGUAAUAAUGUAAAUAUUAAUUAUUUAUAAAUUUACGCAACAAAUUAAAUAACAUUUUAUGUUUUUUUUGUUUGAAGUUCAUUGUUGGUGAUGGCGAGUUAAUGUUGUUCAAAGGUUUAUUGCGGACAUUUUCCAUCACGAAAGUAAAAAACAUUUUUUUUUUUUACUUUCGUGAUGGAAAAUGUCCGCAAUAAACCUUUGAACAACAUUUUAUGUUUUACUGCUAAGAUGAGUAGUAGGCUGUUAGUAUAUUGUAUGAGUAAAAUAAGUAGUUUUAAUUUUGCGCAUUGUCUAAACUGUACCAUGUCAUUAAAAGUGUCAACAUGUUAGUAAAGGUUUCAUCAGCUUAAAAAUAAACUAGUUUGCUGUGUC